GGUCGCGGCAGACGGUUCGGAAAAUAGUAGAUUCCGCAAACACCCCACCGGUCGUAGGAUAGGCAAUCGGGCGUUUCGGGCGUCGUUAGGGACCAUGUUCCAAACAGGAUCUGGGUGAGGCAAACAGAUGCUACAUACUAGCAUAUCGGAGUGAUGGGAUACUGCGUUGAAUCCUGGGAUUCCCCCCGCUACGCACCGCACAAAGGCGAACAUGCAGAGACGAAAAAUCAAUUGAAGUCAGGCUAGACGAGCUCGGGACCAUUAGGGAUGUAGUAGAUGAUGAUGUGAUUAAAGGAGGUGGAUGUUUUGCUAAUUUUCUCGAAUGAAAAAUAGAGAGGUGCAGCAUUGUGCAGCGUUGUUUCUUCUGGCGAAGGGUUUAAGUUUAUCUGUGGCAAUGUGCGUUUUGAGUAGGUAGACGAGUGUGAAACAACCCAGUUGCUGUGGAUUUUACGGUUCAGUGCAGAGUGAGGAAAAAAUCAAAACAGACAAUAGUGGCGAAGCAACAGUUUUCACUAAGCUGUAGUGAUAUGUGCGUAUUGGAAAAGCCGACAAAGGGAAAAGUGUGAUUGUUAAUCAUUUUCAAUUCGCUGAUAUAGUGCUUCGAAAGUAGAGUGUACACAACUCCAUAAUCGGAGGGUUUUAAUUUCCUCGAAAACAAAACGUGGUAUUCCAUAAUUAAUUUCCAACAGAAGUGCUGGUGAAUAGAGACAUUUCCUGAGAGAGCCUGAAAUUCAUGUACGGUUACUGCCUGGAUAAUGGUUGUUGGAGCUAUUCAAUGGAUUAAUUAUGGAUGGAGAAACAUUCAUUAUAGUGAACGUAAUCCAUUAGGCAAUUAGGGUUAUAAUUGAAGUGCUCCGACCUGCCUGGCUGGUUUUAUUGCGGAAAUUUGUAUUCAGACCAGGCUUUCGCAGGGGUGUCCAAUAAUCCCAUGACACGUUCCGAUCGUCGGUGGCCCAGAAAACUGAAGCUAGCAAUCGACGCGUGAUUGUGUCUGGGCUAUGCACGUCCGCGGCGGUUCACAAUGGCAGAGUCGAAGAAAACCCUCCCUCGGGCCGCUGAGGCGUGCCCAUCCCGCAUCCGGUGCCACCUGGAAUGUGCAGGUUGUGCGGGGCAAAAUGACGUCACGUUGUCUGUGGCACGCAUGCCGGGCGCUGGCCCUUGGCAUCGUACUCAUGCUGGUCGGCGGCGGAAUGGCUACCGUGGGAUACUACGCCAACAACUUUCCAUCGCUGUCCGAUGUGAAGAGCAACAGUACGUCGACAAUUCGUGUCAAAAACGAGCAACGUGGACUACAUCUGAACAACUUGUCCUACGUUGGACCCAUCAUCAUGGGAGUUGGAGGUUUCAUCGUAGUGGCAUCCUGCGUGAUGACAUUCGAGGCCCGUGAUUCGGCAGCCAAGGUUGUGCCGGCCCGGUUUAAAUUGAGUAGCACCGCCCGGAAUACUUCCCGCCGGUCUACGAGUAAGUUUACUGGCACCUCCAACGGACCGACUUCAGCAGCCUCGCAAAGCGCCCGGUGGGAGCAGCAUCUCGGGGUGUUCAGGACAUCCCCCGCCGUGGAGCAGGUGCCUGACCGGAAAGCGUUAACCGCAGCAUUAGUUCAUUUCUCCAGAGCUCUCGGAACCCCGAAAGUGUCACAUCAGCCAAGCGAGAGCCGCCGCGUAUCGAGAAGUGGCUCGGAGCCAAAUUUAACCGAUAAGUUGCCCGUCCCUCUGACUGCGGACUCGCCAGCCAGGUCAGUGGUCCGACAUCAUCGUGGGUCGCGUGUCAGCAGCAUGGUUCAUCGAUCGACACGGGAAACAAAUGGCAGCUUGUUGCAUCCCGGCAUAUCCCAGCUGCAUCGACAUGCACAAUCCGUUGAUGAACCGGAGCCGUUUGCGAGAAACUUGAACCAGUCCGGCUCGCACGGAUCGGUGCACCUCGGCUACCCGAAUGACAUACCAGUGGUACACAAGUUACGUGAACGAAACAAACGUUCGGAUACGGCCCGCCGGCAUGUUCUGUCGCGACAGACCAAAAUCGAGAAGGAAGAACCGGCCAGCCCAAAGCAUAAUCCUUUCGUCGCGAGCCGACGUUCGUCGACCAUUUCAGAUGCUUCGUCGAGGGUGAACAGGAGCAGUCGGCGUGCCUCAACCGUUUCCAAAACACCCAGCGUUGACUCACGGGGUGCGGUUUCGACGGCGGAAGUUAACAGUCCGGCAUUGACACCCCGGCGGGCUAAAGCAAUGCAACCGAUGUCGACGCCGUCAGUGGAGAGAGAAUGUCGGAGUCAGCUGUCCAUCUGCUCCGAGCCGGCCGUUGGACCGCGCAAUCUAUCCUGUCAAUCGAGCUUAGAACCAUGUGUGCCCGAGGAAGAUAGUCCUGAACAAGAGGAAUCACAGCCGUGCAUUGGUAAAUCAACUAGUAAAUCUCAAUGCAGCGACGACGUAAAGUCGGACAUACCGGCCCGGCCAGACUCGCUAAUAUUGAACGGCAGGAUGGUUAAUGGUGGCAUGUUACCAGGUGAAAAGGCCAACCGUUUCCUCUAUCGGAGCAAUUCGACGAAAAGUUUCCGCAAACCGAAAGCGAAAAUCAAAAGCAAAAAACUAAGCAACGAAUUUGAUCAGAUUUUUGUGAUUAGCAGUAGCAUAACAGGUAACGAGAGUGGGGAAAUGUCGAUGGCGAACGAUGGUAGCAGAGGAAGGGAUCGGUAUCCUAAUUUCAACCGAGCACGUGAUGACGAGUACUACGAUUCGAUUGAGGUGAUACACGAACGGCGUAGUAAGAACUUUAACAAAUUCAACAGUGUGGUGGCGGGUGAUGAGGUAAGACCGGUGGAGCAGCAAAGGGAAGAACCGGGGCAGGAUGUUGUUACUCGGAGGCAAGUGUCUGACGAAGGUUUCUGUCCGGUGGGGGAAAGUCUAGGAUCGAACAAAUUUAGUGUGGUAGCUGAUAUAUCUCCGGCAGUGGCAAAUCUUCACACCGGUAGUCCGGAAAAGUUGCUCCCCGGAGAGGAAGCGGGGAAAACAAUUCCCGGCGACGAUGUUACGGUCGAUAGCGGUGGAGGGGCAACCGAUGUCGAUGAAGAUGAGGAAAGUGAGCGAAAACAACCGACGGAUCACAAUAGCUCUAUUCAACGGUAUGACACGGUUAUCUACAAUGCAGCUUCCAGCAGCGUCGAGAGUGAGGAAACAGUGCCGACUUCAGGGGAAGGCUAUGCUGCAGGCGGUGGGCGGGUUGAAGGUACGGUUGCUAUGAAAGCUUGUACCGGUGGGAAGGAUGACAUGCCCGGCCAAAGUGACGAGGGCGAUGAUAAUGUUUCUAAUACUGUCAAUGAUCAGGUGUGUGUAUGAACGAGAAAAUUAGUUAGUAGAGAUGAAGAAGGUUUAGGCAUGGUAAUAUUAAAUAUCAUUUUCAGAGGAUUACAGUAGAGCUCAAGUGAAAAUUCCCCGGUUUAGCAAUGUAAAUUACGCGCUUGCUUUUUUUCUUCUCUUUUUGUGCACAGAACAAAAAUAUUUCCCAAAUAUAGUUGGACUUCCCUCUCAUAGUAGAGUGCCUCGUGAAGGCAGUUGGAAAUUUAUUGAACAGAUUUUGUUGAAAACGGAUUUGAUAAGCUCAGGAACUCUAGAAAGUAGGGUCACUGAAGAACAUUCCAACUAUACUUCUUUACCUUUAAAUUUUAUAAGCCGAUUAGGAUGGAAGUGCCUUUACAGCACUCCUGGCUGGUGAGUGGUGAUACUUUUUUCCAAUAUCGGUCAAGUGCACUCGGGAAAUCAUCCAUUUGUCGUGGAUAGAAUUGAACAAAUCCUGCUCUCGCUUCGAUGUAUUGAAAAUAAAAAAGUGCUUUCUCUAAGGUAACACAGUAUUGUACAUUGCCUGUUAGUGAAGUAAUGUUUCACUGAACGAUUUUUCUAUUACUUUAAAAACAAACGAUUAUUUUGAUUGUAUGUAGAAAUACGAACAGUUUUUUUUUUAAUUUUGCUUCAUUUAUAUAAGUGUAAAAUAUGACAAAACUUAAUUCCUUACAUAUGAAGAGUUAAGCGACCUGAACACUAAUUACAACUUAAUGGCACACUACCUCUGAGGUGCAUGCUUCAAACUUUGAACGCGAUUAUCUCGGUAUUGACUUUUCAAACAGCAAAUUCGCGGUGAUCAGGAUAUUUCGAACACCGUUGAACCAAUUGAUCUAAAAUUUUUACAUGUUAUUCAUUAUAACAAUUGCCAAAUAUUGAAAGCAGGAAUUUCAGUACAAACCAUUAUUAUUAUUCCUUUUAGCAAA